AUGGCGACGGGAUCUGCACGAUACGUUCGAUACCUACUUUUCGCCUUCUUCGGCCUCGCCGUCUUCUACUUCAUCUCCCACUCCAGCUACGAGGGCGCAAGACUUCAGGAUGGCACCUUCAGCAAACCAGGCGCUCCCGCCAACGGUCAGCAGCAGAGUGGUCAAAAUGCUGCAGAAAAACCCAAACAGCCUGCUCAAUCCGAUGCAAACCGGCCCAAGGUUGGCGAGACAUACGAUCCAAAGGAAUGGCCCAUGCCCAUGACUCCGAACGAGCCUGGCUGGGACGAAUUAUCCGGUAUCGCAUCCGGCCCACGCAUGAAUGCCACUUUCGUUACCCUCGCCCGAAACUCCGACAUCUGGGACAUUGCCCGCUCCAUCCGUCAGGUCGAGGACCGUUUCAACCGCCGCUACAACUACGACUGGGUCUUCCUCAACGACAAGCCGUUCGACGCCACAUUCAAGAAAGUCACCACCUCUCUCGUCUCCGGCAAGACUCAUUACGGUGAAAUUCCCAAGGAGCACUGGUCCUUCCCCGAGUGGAUCGACCAGGAGAAGGCUCGCAAGGUCCGCGAGGACAUGGCCCAGCGCAAGAUCAUCUACGGCGACUCUGUGAGCUAUCGCCACAUGUGCCGCUUUGAAUCUGGCUUUUUCUUCCGCCAGCCCCUCAUGAUGAACUAUGACUACUACUGGCGUGUCGAGCCCUCCAUCGAGCUCUUCUGCGAUAUUCACUACGACCCCUUCCGCUUCAUGAAGGAGAACAACAAGAAGUACAGCUUCGUCCUGAGCUUGUACGAGUAUGUCGAAACCAUUCCUACUCUUUGGGACAGCACCAAGAAGUUCAUCAAGAACCACCCUGAGCACAUUGCUCAGGGCAACUCCAUGGGAUUCCUAAGUGACGAUGGCGGCGACACCUAUAACCACUGCCACUUCUGGUCCAACUUCGAAGUUGGUGACCUCAACUGGCUCCGAUCCCAGGCGUACAUCGAUUACUUCGAAUCCCUUGACCAGGACGGCGGUUUCUUCUACGAACGAUGGGGUGACGCUCCUGUGCAUUCGAUUGCCGCCAGUCUCUUGUUGCCCAAAGACCAGAUCCACUUCUUUAACGACAUCGCUUAUUACCAUGUCCCCUUCACUCACUGUCCCACUGGCGAGAAGGUCCGUCUUGACAGACGUUGCCACUGCAACCCCAAGGACAACUUUGACUGGAAGGGUUACUCUUGCACGAGCCGCUUCUUUGAGGUCAACGGUAUGGAAAAGCCUGAGGGUUACGAGAACCAGCAGGAUUAA